UAUAAAUUUUUUUUAAAAGAAGUAUGGCCAGCAUUGAUCUGAAGAGGUUCGAAGUGCAAAAUUUAAAGCCCACUGCGUACUACUUGCCUGAGUUUAUAUCGAAAAGCGACGAAGAAGCGUUGUUGGCAAACGUUUACGCAGCGCCGAAGCCCAAGUGGACCCAGCUGUCACACCGGCGUUUGCAGAACUGGGGCGGCAUCCCGCACCAGCGCGGCAUGAUUGCCGAGAGCCUGCCCGCGUGGCUGGAUGGGCUCACCGGACGCGUCCACGCGCUACGGAUGAUGGGUGGCCGAAUGCCUAACCACGUGCUAGUCAAUGAAUAUUGUUGCGGGCAAGGCAUCAUGCCGCAUGUUGAUGGCGAUCUAUUUUACCCUACCAUAGCUACUGUAUCUGCUGGUUCGCACACGGUGCUUAAAUUCAUGGAGCCAGCAGGUGGUGGUGAAGACAACACAGGAGGAAGAAGGGACUCCCCAGGCUCCUUGUUGCUAGAGCCUCGUAGUUUACUGUUACUCCAAGAUUCCCUAUAUACACAUUACUUGCACUGUAUUGAAGAACUCGCUGAAGACAUUCUGGAUGAUUCUAUAGUAAAUUUAAAUUCGUGCUCAAAUAAGUAUGUGAAAGGAUUUACAGUUAGGAGAGGCACUAGGGUAUCAUUUACAAUAAGGCAUGUACCAAAAACUAGUUCUUUCAAAAUAAAUAUUGGUAAUAAAUAGAAAUGAAAAUUUUUAUUU